AUGGCAGAUCUCAGAUGUGUGGACUCUGCUAUGGAUCAGUGUGAGGACAGAGAGGAGGGAGUCCGUCCCUCUAAAACCACUCUGUGUGGGGAACAUGACAGCCAGACCAAAGCUCAGAGACCAGACUCUCCUGAACAUGAACCCAGCGGUGCGUCCUUCAAGCGCGUAGCAUCGAUAAGGCGUUCUCAUAACUUUAGAGGGCAUCGUUCUUCUAAAACACACUUUCAGCAACAGAAACCAGACCAUUCUGAAUCCAGUGAGCCAAAGAAAAGGGAGAGGCCCAUUUGUCCCCCUCCUGGGUUCAACGAUGAAUAUCAGCCUGUUGAGCGAAGAUUUGAGCAGCCGAGUUCAGAGGUUCCCAGCAGUCAGUGUGUCCAGCAGCAUCAAGAAGACCUUGACUCAAUAUUUAAGACAGAUGUUGUGUGGAUUUCUAAUUUUUUUUUUCAAAUUAUAUUUAUCGUUGUCUUCCAGCUUCUUGAGGAAAACAUUGUGCAUUUAGUGAAGCACGAGCUGGAAAAGUUCCAGAGGGUCUUGAGUCCAGAUUACUCAGAACGCUUAGAGAGACAGAGGGAGGAUGAGGAGGUGUUUGACGGUGACAAUAAAGAGCAGAGGAGAAGCAGCAGAGAGGCAUUUCUGAAGAUCACACUGAAUUUCCUAAGGAGAAUGAAGCAGGAGGAGCUGGCUGACCGAACGACUGUGGCAGUGUGCCGUCGUAACCUUCAGUCUAACCUUCAGAAGAAGUUCCGGUGUGUGUUUGACGGGAUCGCUAAAGCAGGAAACCCGACCCUUCUGAAUCAGAUCUACACAGAGCUCAACAUCACAGAGGGAGGGACUGCAGAGGUCAAUGCUGAACAUGAGGUCAGACAGAUUGAAACAGCAUCCAGGAAACCAGACAGACCAGGAACAACAAUCAGACAAGAAGACAUCUUUGAAGCCCCACCUGGAAGAGAUAAACCAAUCAGAACAGUGCUGACAAAGGGAGUGGCUGGCAUUGGGAAAACAGUCUUAACACAGAAGUUCACUCUGGACUGGGCUGAAGACAAAACCAACCAGGACAUCCAGUUCACAUUUCCGUUCACUUUCAGAGAGCUGAAUGUGCUAAAAGAGAAAAAGUUCAGCUUGGUGGAACUUGUCCAUCACUUCUUUCCUGAAACCAAAGAAGCAGGAAUCUGCAGGUUUGAAGAGUUCAACGUUGUGUUGAUUUUUGACGGUCUGGAUGAGUGUCGACUUCCUCUGGACUUCCACAACACUGAGAUCCUGACUGAUGUCACAGAGUCCACCUCAGUGGAUGUGCUGCUGACAAACCUCAUCAGGGGGAAACUGCUUCCCUCUGCUCGCCUCUGGAUAACCACACGACCUGCAGCAGCCAAUCAGAUCCCUGCUGACUGUGUUGGCUUGGUGACAGAGGUCAGAGGGUUCACUGACCCACAAAAGGAGGAGUACUUCAGGAAGAGAUUCACAGAUGAGAAGCAGGCCAGGAGAAUCAUCUCCCUCAUCAAGACAUCACGAAGCCUCCACAUCAUGUGCCACAUCCCAGUCUUCUGCUGGAUCUCUGCUGGAGUUCUGAAGAAGCUGAUAAAAACCAGAGAGGGAGGAGAGCUGCCCAAGACCCUGACUGAGAUGUACAUCCACUUCCUGGUGGUUCAGUCUGAACUGAAGAACAUGAAGUUUGAUGGAGGAGCUCAGAUAGAUUCAUACUGGAAGAUGAUUGAGUCUCUGGGAAAACUGGCUUUUAAACAGCUGCAGAAAGGAAACCUGAUCUUCUAUGACUCAGAUGUGACAGAGUGUGGCAUCGAUAUCAGAGCAGCCUCAGUGUACUCAGGAGUGUUCACAGAGGUCUUUAGAGAGGAGAGAGGACUGUACCAGGGCAGGGUGUUCUGCUUCAUCCAUCUGAGUGUUCAGGAAUUUCUGGCUGCUCUUCAUGUCCAUCUGACCUUCGUCAAGUCUGGAGUCAAUCUGAUGGAAGAAGAACAAUCAGGACCCCGACUGUUCAAAGUCUACAAAGUGAAACCUAAACUAAAACAUCUCUACCAGAGUGCUGUGGACAAGGCCUUACAGAGUCCAAAUGGACACCUGGACUUGUUCCUCCGCUUCCUCCUGGGUCUUUCUCUGGAGAGCAAUCAAAGACUCCUACACAGUCUGCUGAAACAGACAGAAAGUAGCUCACAGACUAAUCAGAAAACAGUCCAGUACAUCAAGGAGAAGAUCAGUGAGAAUCUGUCUGCAGAGAGAAGCAUCAACCUGUUCCACUGUCUGAAUGAACUAAAUGAUCGUUCUCUAGUGGAGGAGAUCCAAAAGUACCUGAGAUCAGGAAGUCUCUCCACAGAUAAGCUCUCUCCUGCUCAUUGGUCAGCGUUGGGCUUCAUCUUACUGUCAUCAGGAAAAGAUCUGGAUGUGUUUGACCUGAAGAAAUACUCUGCUUCAGAGGAAGCUCUUCUGAGGCUGCUGCCAGUGGUCAAAGCCUCCAACAAAGCUCUGCUGAGUGGCUGUAACCUGUCAGAGAGAAGCUGUGAAGCUCUGUCCUCAGUUCUCAGCUCCCAGUCCUCUAGUCUGAGAGACCUGGACCUGAGUAAUAACAACCUGAAGGAUUCAGGAGUAGAGCGGCUUUCUGUUGGACUAAAGAGUACAAACUGUACACUGGAAAUCCUCAGUCUGUCAGGCUGUCUGGUUACAGAGACAGGUUCUAGUGCUCUGGGCUCAGCUCUGACCACCAACCCCUCCCAUCUGAGAGAGCUGGACCUGAGCUACAAUCAUAUAAGUGAUACAGGAGUGAGGAUGCUGUCUACUCAACUGAAGGAUCCACUGUGGAAACUGAACAUACUCAGGAUCAACCAUGGUGGAGAAAAGAGACUGAAACCUGGUCUCAAAAAGUAUUCCCAUGAACUCACACUGGACAAAAACACAGCAGACAGAUACCUCAAACUGUCCGAAAACAACAAGAAGGUAACGCUGGAGAGUGUGAAGCAGCCAUGUCCAGUUCAUCCAGAGAGAUUUGACUACUGCCAGCUGCUGUGUACAGAGGGUCUGACUGGUCGCUGUUACUGGGAGGUCGAGUGGGAAGGAGUCGUGUAUGUAGCAGUGUGGACUCUGCUAUGGAUCAGUGUGAGGACAGAGAGGAGGGAGUCCGUCCCUCUAAAACCACUCUGUGUGGGGAACAUGACAGCCAGACCAAAGCUCAGAGACCAGACUCUCCUGUACCUGGCCCUGAACCUGGACCCGAACCUGGACCUGGACCUGAACCUGGACCUGAACCUGGACCCAGCUGUCAUCAAGCAUGACCAACCAGACUCUGCUGAAGCUGGACCUGGACCUGGAAGUGGACCUGGACCUGGACCUGGACCCAGCUGUGUGUCCAAGAUAAGUGACCAGUCUAUCGGUAAACCUAUUCACUUCAAAGAUGGACACCACGCUGCUGAUCAAAGAGUUCAUCAGCAGAAUUUAGAGUUUCCAUCUGGUCUUUCUGCUCAGCAGAAUCAGACAAACCUGGACUCCGUAUUUAUGUUGCUGGAGGGAAACAUUGUUAGUUUUGUGAAGAAUGAGCUGAAGAAGUUCCAGAGAGUCCUGAGUCCAGAUUACCCAGAAUGCUUAGAGAGUCAGAGGGAGGAUGAGGAGGUGGUGGACGGUGAGGAUGAAGAGCAGAGGACGAGAAGCAGAGAGGCAUUUCUAAAGAUCACACUGAACUUCCUGAGAAGAAUGAAGCAGGAGGAGCUGGCUGACUGUCUGCAUAACAGAACUGCUGCUGCGGUGUGCCGUCGUAAUCUUCAGUCCAACCUUCAGAAGAAGUUCCAGUGUUUGUUUGAGGGGAUCACUAAAGUAGGAAACCCAACCCUUCUGAAUCAGAUCUACACAGAGAUCUACAUCACAGAGGGAGGGACUGCAGAGGUCAAUGAUGAACAUGAGGUCAGACAGAUUGAAAAAGCAUCCAGGAAACCAGACAGACCAGAAACAACAAUCAGACAAGAAGACAUCUUUAAAGCCAUACCUGGAAGAGAUAAACCAAUCAGAACAGUGUUGACAAAGGGAGUGGCUGGCAUUGGGAAAACAGUCUUAACACAGAAGUUCACUCUGGACUGGGCUGAAGACAAAACCAACCAGGACAUCCACUUCACAUUUCCAUUCACUUUCAGAGAGCUGAAUGUGCUGAAAGAGAAAAAGUUCAGCUUGGUGGAUCUUUUUCAUCGCUUCUUUCCUGAAACCAAAGAAGCAGGAAUCUGCAGGUUUGAAGAGUUCCACGUUGUGUUGAUCUUUGACGGUCUGGAUGAGUGUCGACUUCCUCUGGACUUCCACAACACUGAGAUCCUGACUGAUGUCACAGAGUCCACCUCAGUGGAUGUGCUGCUGACAAACCUCAUCAGGGGGAAACUGCUUCCCUCUGCUCGCCUCUGGAUAACCACACGACCUGCAGCAGCCAAUCAGAUCCCUGCUGACUGUGUUGUCAUGGUGACAGAGGUCAGAGGGUUCACUGACCCACAGAAGGAGGAGUACUUCAGGAAGAGAUUCAGAGAUGAGGAGCAGGCCGGCAGAAUCAUCUCCCACAUCAAGACAUCACGAAGCCUCCACAUCAUGUGCCACAUCCCAGUCUUCUGCUGGAUCUCUGCUACAGUUCUGGAGAAGCUGAUGAAAACCAGAGAGGGAGGAGAGCUGCCAAAGACCCUGACUGAGAUGUACAUCCACUUCCUGGUGGUUCAGUCCAAAGUGAAGAACAUCAAGUAUCAUGGGAAAUCUGAAACAGAUCCACACUGGAGUCCAGAGAGCAGGAAGAUGAUUGAGUCUCUGGGAAAGCUGGCUUUUGAUCAGCUGCAGAAAGGAAACCUGAUAUUCUAUGACUCAGACCUGACAGAGUGUGGCAUUGAUAUCACAGCAGCCUCAGUGUACUCAGGAGUGUUCACACAGGUCUUUAGAGAGGAGAGAGGACUGUACCAGGACAGGGUGUUCUGCUUCGUCCAUCUGAGUGUUCAGGAGUUUCUGGCUGCUCUUCAUGUCCAUUUAACCUUAAUCAAGUCUGGAGUCAAUCCUAUGUCAGAAAAGCAAUCAACCUCCAGAUUGUCCAAAGUCUUCAGAGACAAACCUAAACAAAAACAUCUCUACCAGAAUGCUGUGGACAAGGCCUUACAGAGUCCAAAUGGACACCUGGACUUGUUCCUCCGCUUCCUCCUGGGUCUUUCUCUGGAGAGCAAUCAAAGACUCCUCCGAGGUCUGCUGACACAUACAGGAAGUAGCUCACAGACAAAUCACAAAACAGCCAAGUACAUCAAGAAGAAGAUCAGUGAGAAUCUGUCUGCAGAGAGAAGCAUCAACCUGUUCCACUGUCUGAAUGAACUGAAUGAUCGUUCUCUAGUGGAGGAGAUCCAACAGUCCCUGAGAUCAGGAAGUCUCUCCACAGAUGAACUGUCUCCUGCUCAGUGGUCAGCUCUGGUCUUCAUCUUACUGUCAUCAGAAACAGAUCUGGACAUGUUUGACCUGAAGAAAUACUCUGCUUCAGAGGAGGCUCUUCUGAGGCUGCUGCCAGUGGUCAAAGCCUCCAACAAAGCUCUACUCAGUGGCUGUAACCUAUCAGAGAGAAGCUGUGAAGCUCUGUCCUCAGUCCUCAGCUCCCAGUCCUCUAGUCUGAGAGAUCUGGACCUGAGUAACAAUGACUUGCAGGAUUCAGGAGUGAAGGUACUGUCGUCUGGACUGAUGAGUCCACUAUGUGAACUGAAAACUCUCAGGCUGUCAAACUGUCUGAUAACAACAUCUGGCUCCGCUUGUCUGGCCUCAGCUCUGAGCUCCAACCCCUCCCAUCUGAGAGAGCUGGACCUGAGCUACAAUCAUCCAGGGGAGUCAGAACUGAAGGUUCUGACUGCUGGACUUAAGGAUCCACACUGGGGGCUGGAAACUCUCAGGGUGGACCAUGGUGGAGAGCACAGGUUAACACCUGGUCUGAGGAAGUAUUUCUGUCAACUCACACUGGACAAAAACACAGUCCACAGAUUCAUUAAACUGUCUGAAAACAACAGAAAGUUGACCCUGGUGACAGAUAAACAGUCAUAUCCUGAUCAUCCAGAAAGAUUUGACUACUGGCAUCAGCUGCUGUGUAGAGAUGGUCUGACUGGUCGCUGUUACUGGGAGGUCGAGUGGGAAGGAGAGGUUGAUGUAGCAGUGAGUUACAGAGGAAUCAGCAGGGAAGGAGACAGUGUUGACUGUGUGUUUGGAUGGAAUGGUCUGUCCUGGAGUCUGAGGUGCUCUGAUAAUGGUUACUCUGUCUGGCACAAUAACAGAGAAACAUCCUCCUCCUCCUCCUCCUCCUCCUCCUCCUCCUCCUCCUCCUCCUCCUCCUCCUCUGGUAGAAUAGGAGUGUAUGUGGACUGUCCUGCUGGCUCUCUGUCCUUCUACAGAGUCUCCUCUGACUCACUGAUCCACCUCCACACCUUCAACACCACGUUCACUGAACCUCUUCAUCCUGGGUUUGGGUUCGGGGUCCUGUCCUAUGACUCCUCAGUGUCUCUGUGUUCUCUUUAGGACGGAGAUUACUUCCUGUCCUGUGGUCUAAAUGUUGGAUUAAGCUUCAAGUUGUUUGACAUUUGAUUCUCUGAUUGUUUCUUUAUUGUCAGAAAUGUUUUCUCUUCUUUUAAAUGCUGAAAUUAUCUCAGAGCUGAACUUUGAUAUUCUCUCUCAACAAGUUUUUCUUUUGGAGCAGCGUCUGGUAGCUGCUAAUGUCUGCCGUGAUUUAUUUCAUUAAAGGUUUAAAAGCAAAACACACACUAGAACAAAUGUAAAUCUGUUUCUGUUUUUAAAAAGGAACAAAAACAUUGCCUUCAGAAUGGAGUUAUUUUCUUUUU